UGUUUUCCUUUCCCCCUGUUUAUUUCGCUAUCGGAUCAAUGGAGAAUUAAUCGACAUGCGGAAACAAGCGCCUCUCUGACACUGGAUAUAAACAACGAUUCUCACACUGAUGCUUUUUUGACGACUAAACAGGAGAUAAACAUCGACUAGGGACUUAUAUAUGGAUUAUGUAAGGAAACAAACACUUUCAUGAGGGGAUUUUGGUAUGGUUGUGCUUGAAUUCAUUAUAUUUGAUAGAGCAAGCUAAGUUAUGAAUGAAUUGACGUCAAUAUGAUGCACUUUAAACUUUGUUUACACACAUUUUGCACUUCAAAAUAAACAUUACCAUUCAUAAUCGUUGUUUGGGGAUGUAAUAUUAAUAUUUUCUACUUUAAAUUACUCAACUGAAUACAGUCAAACUAAUUUCUCCCAGUGUUGACCAUCUGUGGCACUGAAAUGGGAAGUAUGUGCCACUUGGGAAUGGAUUUUGGGAAUGUCCUGUGAUUUGGGAACGAUGAGCAACGGACCCACUAUUGUCUAUGAGUGGCUGAAAACCCUUCAGCUGUGUCAGUAUGUGGAGUCUUUUGUUGAUAAUGGUUAUGAUGACCUGGAGGUGUGCAAACAGAUAGGAAACCCUGAUCUGGAUGCCAUCGGGGUCAUCUCUCCACACCACAGGGAAAAGCUGCUCCGGGCUGUGGAGAGACUACGGGAUGAAGACAAGAAAGUGGCACCAGCUCUAUAUUUCACCCUAGAACCCCUUCCUCAUGGCACAUACCCAAAUACAUCUCAAAUUAGUGACUGCAAACAGAAAAUCACCAAAUCAUGGGUCAACUCAACCUGCGACAGGCCUAGGAUUGGAUUUUCCAGUGACAUUACAGCUUUGGAGAUCCAUAAGGAGCCGGUGGUGUAUCCCAAACUCAAGCUGAAGAUAAUGAUUCGGGAUAAACUGGUGAAGGAUGGAAUUGACCUGAGCAAAACGCCCUACUCGUAUAAAGAUGGCUCUCUGGGAAACAUUGCAGAUCUGGCCCAAGAGUAUUCAGAGUAUUACAGCACGUCCUACAGCGAAGUGUGCGACAGAAUGGAGGAGUUACGCAAACGCAAAGUCACUCAAGAAGCAGAGACGGGAAAAGCUGAAUCAACAACAUCCCUUCAGCUGCGCUUGGAGAUCCAGGAAACACUGGGUCUGUCUAGUGCAGUCUCCACACCUGAAAUAGAGAGACGGCAGACGAUGCAAAAGUCCAGCUCUGAGGACGGCUCAGCAGGAAGGUGGGACAGAAAGAAGAACAAAUCAUUCUGGCAAAAUUUCCGCAAGACACAGAAAGGGAGCUUUCGAACGCCACCGAAAGGGGAGGAUUUGGGCUUCGUGGCCAGCGAGAUUACCAUGAGCGAUGAUGAACGCAUCCAGCUGAUGAUGAUGGUGAAGGAGAAGAUGAUCACAGUGGAGGAAGCUCUGGCUCGGCUGAAGGAAUACGAAACCCAGAACAAGCAGUCCAGCAGCGCAGAUAUGACUGACUGGACAGAGACGCCGAGUCCCUCCAUGACUGAAUCCUCCUACUGUAACUCGAGAGAACAGUCAGAGGAUGAGCUGGAAGAGUCCGUCACUUUCCGACGUCUUCAUAAACUGGUCAAUUCAACCCGGCGCGUCAGAAAGAAGCUUAUCAGAAUUGACGAAGCUAAAAAACAUGGCUCAAAAGAUGUGUUGAGUUUGGAGGCGUCUCCGUCAGGCGAGGGGGUCUCUCUGUAUUCGGGGGUCCACAAGCGUGAAGUGGGGGUCCAGGAGCAGCUCUCUCUGGACAGUCUGAGCACGUCUCCGUCCUCCAGCAGUCUGGACACCAGCAGCAGCGGCCAGCGGCUCUUCAGGGCCUUCAGUAAAUCCUGCAGCGCACAGGGUCUGGAGGCGCCGGCGGGGCCUGCGGGACAGGGCUCUGGGUUGGAUGGAGGCAGCGGAUCCUCCUUCUCUGAGGCGGACGGGGAGCUGGAGCCCAGGAUGUCCCGCUCUGUGACAGAUGGGGAGAUGAGGAGAGCACUCAACCCUGCCAACUACCAUGGGAGAACUUGUAGUUUUGGAGGAUUUGAUCUGACAAGCCGAUCAGUGUACAUGAGCAGCAGCAGCUCCGACCCUACAAAUGAAAACGGUGAGAUCAGCCUGAGAGAUUCAUCCAGAUCUCCAACACCGUCCCGUAUCUCUCUGGGCAAGAAGGUGAAAUCUGUUAAAGAGACCAUGAGGAAACGCAUAUCCAAGAAAUACAGCUCCUCUCCAUCAGAGCAGUCGAGCCCCAGCAGAGCUCCCAGCAGCCCUCAGUCUCCUCACACAGACACAGACUCUCUGGAGAAACCCAAGCUGAAGGCUGGAGGGUCAGUGGAGAGUUUGAGGAGCUCGCUCAGCGGACAGAGCUCCAUGAGUGGCCAGACUGUCAGCACCACAGACUCCUCUGCUAGUAACCGAGAGAGUGUGAAGUCAGAAGAUGGAGAUGAAGAUGAGCUGCCAUACAGAGGACCGUUCUGUGGCCGAGCGCUCGUUCACACAGACUUCACCCCAAGCCCAUAUGACACAGAUUCACUUAAACUCAAGAGAGGAGAUGUGAUCGCCAUCAUCAGUAAGCCGCCGAUGGGCACGUGGAUGGGGCUGCUGAACAGCAAGGUGGGAACGUUUAAGUUCAUCUAUGUGGACGUCCUGAACGAGGAAGAGGAGAAACCCAAACGCAGCGUGAAGAAGAGGAGGAAGAGCCGCCCUCCAAAACCCACCUCUGUGGAGGAGCUGCUGGAGCGCAUCAGCCUCAAAGAGCACAUGCCGACGUUCCUGUUUAACGGCUAUGAGGAUCUGGACACGUUCAAGCUGCUGGAGGAGGAAGAUCUGGAUGAGCUGAACAUCAGAGACCCUCAACACAGAGCUGUGCUGCUGACGGCUGUAGAGCUCCUGCAGGAGUGUGACAGUAACAGUGACCCGGAGCGUGAGGAAUCCUCCCAGGAGAAGCUGCUGUCAGAGAGCAGUGUCCCGCCGGCAGACUCUCCUCGAGAUUCAGGCUGCUACGAGAGCAAUGAAAACCUGGAGAACGGCAAAGGCAGAAAGGCGUCUCAUUUAAGCAGGUCAUCUUCAGGCUUUGAGUCCAGUCAUCUGUCCUCCCCUGAGUUCCCCAUCCCACCCCUCUGCCAUUCCAGCCGGUCCGUCCCACAAACCCGACGGGACAUCCCACAGCAGACAGACUCCAUUAAGACUCUUCAUCUGGAAAUGAGCCACUUCACGCUUGGAGAAAACCCAAUGAGCCGCAGCUGUGGAGCUCUGGAUCAUCUCUCCACUCAAACACCGAUAAUAAAACCCUAUUUCUCAGUGGAGGAGCUUCAUCUGGACCAAAUUCCCCAAUAUAAGCGUCCCUACAGCUUUGAGAACAUCAGACCUGCUGCUGAAGUACAGCCUGAGAGGAUUGAGGAAAACCCAAGUCAGGAUCUUCUUAAGUCUGAAGAGGUCUUCGCCAACAUCGAGUCCAGUGUUUCUGUGGUUGAGUAUGAAGAGGUUCCUGUUGAUGAUUUUCCACCAAACGCACCACAAACCAAACCUCCAGUUCCUCCGAAACCUUUUCCUCUGCCGUUAUUGAAGAGCACAGGGAUAAAGCUGGUUUCUACAAGCACAUCCAGGUCAAAUUCUAAUCUGGACAUUCCCAAGAUCUCCAAAUCACUCAUUUAUAGACCUGUGAAGAAAGUUCAGUCUGUCAAGAUGGCCAGUCUGGAGAUUUUAGUGGAGGAGAAAUUGUGCUCUGAUGGCAUCGACCUCACAGAAGAGCCAUAUUCUGACAAGCAUGGCCGUUACGGAGUGCCGUUCUCUCUGGUUCAGAGGUAUUCUGAAGAUCUGGACAAACCUUUGGGUGAUGUUGCCAUUCUGAUCGACCAGACCAGAGUCCAGCAACUUCUGAAGCAGCAUCGUAUAGCAAUCCCUUUGAGAAGUCUAUCAGAGGUCUGUGUGAUCCCUUAAAACACAUCUGGACAUCAUCAUCCUGGACAUUAGAGAUGAUACAGUACAGCAGGAUAUAUUUGACUGUGAGUUUGCAAAGAAUCAGUGAACCGACUCCUGAAUCAUAAAUCAAUGACUCUUAACGACUCAGCAGAUAAAAGCAGUCCCUUUUUCCAACAUAUUCUGGCUUUAUAGCGUUUAGACAGCACAGUAGAAAAUGAACUGACUUUCAUUAGUGGCUGUGUUUUGAAUGGGGUCAUUAUUAGUGGACACUCAAAUGAUUAAUUCAUUUUAAUGUGUAAUGACCUAAAGGUGCCACUUCCAGUUUUAAGCAGCUUUUUAAGAAUUUGUGGAAACUGUUUCCUUUGAAAGUGUACAUAUAGUAGUGUGUGAUCAUAUUUGUUGUCAUAUGUUUUGGAAAUAUUGGAUGGAUCAUCAUCAUAUCGGUUUGAUUUUCAAUAGACGCAUUUUUUAUUAUUGUCAUAAACGUCAUCAGUCCAGAUUAAGCAGCAUGCUGGCAUUGACUAAUGUUCAAACAGAUUUCCAAGCAUAUUUAUUUCCUGCUGUAAUAUAGUGUCAAUUGAUGAUUUCUUUUUCUUUGCUUGUAGCAUUUAUCAUACCUGUUUUAAUUUACAUUCUGUGACAGGAGUAAAGAAGGUUCUGUUAUGUCUUGGGAUAAUGCAAGUUGGCGUGAAUGAACUGUGAAAGGUUGUGCAUGGAUUUUUUAGAGAUAAAUGUGUUUUUAAAACUAAUAAAGUCAAAAAACUA